AGAGAGGAUGAUGGGACUUUAGUGGCUCAGUGUCACUUCUUUAGUUUCGCGGCAGUAGCAGCAGAAAACUCUGGUCGGAGGACAACAAAAGCGACCAAACUUCGUACUUUUUAAAAGAAUCACUUCACUUUUCUUUCUUUCUUUUUUUUUUAGAAAACAACAUCAAAGAGUGAAGUGAAAUCUGGGGCCGCGGGAAGUUUUCUUCAGUUUGUCGUUUACUUCACUUCCUUCUUCCUGCUGGAAACUGGUGUGGGUUUGUCCUCGCACCUAAAACUGAUGAUGAUGGUGAUGAAGAGGAGGAGGAGGAGACGCUGCUCUGAGCAGCAGCAGCAGUAACAGCAUCAGCAGGUGGAGCAGCAGUGACAGCAGCAGCAGCAGUUGUGUCAGCCGCCUACAGGAGCAGCUCCGUGUUUUUGACCCGGGAUUUUACUGCCGCGGCUCGUGGAUUAACGCGCGGCUGAAGUUUGGAGAAGAUGCCGGUAGAAGCUCAGUGACGCGCCGCGGUGCGCACUUUUCUUUCCCUCGUCUUCACCGCCUUCUUCAGUAUCUGGAUUAAAACUCUGACUCCUGCUCCUCUUCCCUUCUCGUCCUCUUUUCCUCCACUUUUUUUUCUCUUGCGGAGUUUGCGGCUGAUGGACGCGCCGUUGCGCGCCGUCUCCGCGGAUGGGAUGAAGCGGCAGUGAGGCGCGGUUGACACCGACAGAGCAGUGAUGGUGUAAAGACAGAGGAUAAAAAUAAGAAGAGAAAACAAAGAGUUUCACAUCUGGUAUACCGGGCCGGUCAGCAGGAGGAUCAGGAUGAGAAGAUGGCUGGCUUUGUGUUUCCAAUGGGACCAGAGAGCUUUCAGCGCUUCACGCCGGACUCCCUGGCGGCCAUCGAGCAGCGCAUCGUCCAGGAGCAGUCCCGACAAAACAAACAGUACCAGGAGGACCUGGGAGAUGUGGAGCUUCCCCGGCCCAGGCCCGACCUGGAGGCAGGAAAAACACUGCCACGCAUCUUUGCUGAGAUCCCGUCUCAUCUGGUGGGCGUUCCCCUGGAAGACAUCGAUCCAUACUACUUCAAAGACCAGAGGACUUUCAUAGUCCUGAACAAAGGAAAAGCCAUCUUCCGUUUCAGUGCCACAUCUGCUCUCUACAUCUUGAGUCCAUUUCAUCCUGUACGCAGAAUCGCCAUCAAGGUCCUGGUCCACUCAUUAUUCAGUCUGUUCAUCAUGUGCACCAUCCUGACCAACUGCUGCUUCAUGGCCAUGUCAGAGCCAGCGUACUGGGCCAAAUACCUGGAGUACACCUUCACAGGUAUCUACACGUUUGAAUCUCUAAUAAAAAUCCUGGCCCGUGGUUUCUGCGUGGGACCGUUCACCUUCCUGAGGGAUCCAUGGAAUUGGUUGGACUUCAGUGUCAUCACCAUGGCAUAUGUGACUGAGUUUGUGGACCUGGGUAAUGUGUCAGCCUUAAGGACGUUCAGGGUGCUGCGAGCGCUCAAAACCAUCUCUGUCAUCCCAGGUUUGAAGACCAUCGUGGGCGCACUGAUCCAGUCGGUGAAGAAACUUGCUGACGUCAUGAUCCUAACUGUCUUUUGCCUGAGUGUCUUUGCGCUCAUUGGCCUUCAGCUUUUUAUGGGAAACCUACGGCAGAAGUGCGUUCGCAGCCCCGCGCACUGCAUCAACGACAGUCUACCCACAAACGCCACCUUCUACUGCAACAACAAGACAUGGGAAUCCUUAAAGGACUAUUUUGAAGACAAUGACAAUUUUUACAAAAUGGAAGGAGCCAAGGACGCACUGAUCUGCGGGAACAGCAGCGACGCAGGAAAAUGUCCUGACGGGUUUACCUGUCUGAAGGCGGGACGGAAUCCAAAUUACGGCUACACCAGCUUUGACACCUUUGGCUGGGCCUUUUUGUCCCUGUUCCGCCUGAUGACACAGGACUACUGGGAAAACCUUUAUCACCAGACUCUGCGUUCAGCCGGAAAGACCUACAUGGUGUUCUUCGUAGUCGUGAUCUUCAUCGGCUCCUUCUAUUUAAUCAACCUCAUAUUGGCCGUGGUGGCAAUGGCGUAUGAGGAGCAGAAUCAGGCCACUAUUGCAGAGGCGUGCCAAAAGGAGAAAGAGUUCCAACAAGCUAUGGAGAAACUGAAGAAAGAGCAGCAGUCCACCGCUCAGAAACCCCUGGAGACAGACUCAAUACUGUCCCCAGAACUUUCUCCCUUUGGCCCACCGCUGGACAGCCAGGAGGAGAGGAGACGGAGUCGAGCUUUGGUUGGAGUGGCUGACGUUGAGUCUAAUCUAUCAGAAGAGAAGCUACUACAGGUGGACAUAGCAGAAGCAGGAAAGCCACUCCACCCACUCCUCGCCCGCUCCUUCUCCACGCGGCGAAGCAGUCAGGUGUCUUCCAUCUUUAACUUUCGUCUCAGAAGUAGAGGCUCAGAUGGAGACAUGGCUGAUGAUGAAUAUAGUGUGCCUGGGGACGUGGUGGACAAUGUUGGUGGUCGUACCUACAGCGGUGGGACCUUCAUCCUGCCUUGUGCCUGGCCCAAACGAAGGUCAAGCUCAUACAGCACGGCCAGCAGAAGUUCUCAGGUGUUCUACCCGUCUCUAAAUAUCAAUGGGAAACUGUUUGUUGCCAUGGAUCAAAACGGGGUCUCAUCGUCACCACUGCAGGGGCAAAUGCCUCCCUGUACCAUGGAAAAGGUCAAGGAGGAGAGUGUCCCCACGUCCACCACGGAGCUUAGCACCAUGCUGUUACCGCGGCCUUCCUCCACGGCGGAGUUGGAAUGCAGAGAGCGGACGCUCAGUGCCGCCAGCUACCUCACUGACGCCAUGGAGGAACUGGAGGAGUCCCACAAAAGGUGCCACCCCUGCUGGUAUGCCUUUGCCCAGCGGUACCUGGUGUGGGAAUGUAGCCCCUGGUGGCUGCGGUUGAAACAGCAUGUUAACAUCAUGGUGAUGGAUCCUUUCUUGGACCUGGCCAUCACCAUCUGUAUUGUCCUCAAUACACUCUUUAUGGCAAUGGAACAUUAUCCAAUGACAGAUGAGUUCAACGGCAUGCUCAGCAUAGGAAACCUGGUCUUCUCAGGAAUCUUUACUGCUGAAAUGUUGCUGAAGGUCAUUGCUUUGGAUCCGUACUACUAUUUCCAAACGGGCUGGAACAUAUUUGACAGCAUCAUCGUUUGCCUAAGCCUCAUGGAGCUUGGACUGUCUGACGUGGAGGGUCUGAGUGUGCUUAGAUCUUUUAGGCUGUUGCGUGUUUUUAAACUAGCACGCUCAUGGCCAACUCUUAAUACCCUCAUCAAGAUCAUCGGAAACUCCAUGGGGGCUCUGGGAAACCUGACGCUUGUCCUUGCCAUUAUCGUCUUCAUCUUCGCUGUAGUUGGUAUGCAGUUGUUUGGAAAGAACUACCAGGACUGUGUGUGUAAGAUCUCGAAGGACUGUGCCAUGCCUCGCUGGCACAUGAAGGACUUCUUCCACUCCUUCCUAAUUGUCUUCAGAGUUCUGUGUGGGGAGUGGAUCGAGACCAUGUGGGACUGUAUGGAGGUGGCGGGUCAGCCGCUCUGCAUCCUGGUCUUCAUGUUGGUCAUGGUCAUCGGGAACCUGGUGCUGCUAAACCUCUUCCGGGCUCUGCUGCUCAGCAGCUUCAGCUCUGACAACCUCUCAGCACCAGACGAUGACGGUGAGAUGAACAACCUGCAGAUCGCCAUCCACAGGAUUGGUAGAGGUCUGGUCUGGUGCCGCAAACAGGUGGUGGAGUUUUUCAACGGGAGCCUGAAGCGCCGCCGUCAGAAGAGGAAAGAGUCCAAGACCAUGAUGCAGCUGAAGAGGCUGAGCUCCAUCCACACCGAGGUCAACGGCUCCGUCAUAGGGCGACACGUGGAGAAGUAUGUGGCGGCGGACGACAGCUACAUGACAAAUCCAAACCUGACCAUCAGCGUUCCCAUCGCUCCAGGAGAGUCGGAUGUGGAGUUCCCAGAGGAAGAAGAGGGAGAGGAAGAUGGGAGUGAUGACGAGAAAGAAGACAUCAGCCUAUCAGAGGGCAGCACUGUGGACCUCAGGAAACCUGGAGAAGAAGAGGACGAGUUCUCGGAGGUACCAGAAGAAGCCCUGGACCCUGAGAACUGUUUCCCGGACGUAUGCGUGGCCAGGUGUCGCUGUUGCGACAUUGACACAACGGUGGGCUUCGGUCAGAUUUGGUGGAGGAUGAGGAAAACGUGUUACCAGAUUGUAGAACACAGCUGGUUCGAAUCCUUCAUAAUCUUCAUGAUCCUGCUCAGCUCUGGAGCUCUGGCCUUCGAGGACAUCUACAUUGACCAGAGGAGGGUUAUAAAGGUGGUGUUGGAAUUCGCUGACAAGAUCUUCACCUAUGUCUUCAUUCUGGAGAUGAUCCUGAAAUGGCUUGCUUACGGAUUCAAAAAAUACUUCACUAACUACUGGUGUUGGCUGGACUUUCUUAUUGUUGACGUCUCAUUGGUCAGUUUGACAGCCAACGCACUUGGUUAUUCGGACUUGGCAGCAAUCAAAUCCUUGCGGACGCUACGGGCGUUGCGGCCGCUCAGAGCUCUCUCCAGGUUUGAUGGAAUGAGGGUGGUGGUAAAUGCCUUGAUUGGAGCCAUCCCCUCCAUUAUGAACGUGCUGCUGGUCUGUCUCAUCUUCUGGCUUAUAUUCAGCAUCAUGGGCGUGAACCUGUUCGCAGGAAAGUUUGGCCGCUGCAUAAACCGCACGGGUCAGGUCUACGACGCUGGUGACAUCAACAACAAGACUGAGUGCCUGGCACAUAACGACACUUCACUCUACUACUGGAGCAAAGUCAAGGUUAACUUCGACAACGUGGGGGCGGGGUAUCUGGCUUUGCUGCAGGUGGCAACAUUUAAAGGAUGGAUGGAUAUCAUGUAUGCAGCAGUCGACUCUAGAGCUGUGGAGGAGCAGCCCAUCAAAGAGAUCAACUUGUACAUGUAUCUGUACUUCGUCAUCUUCAUCAUCUUCGGCUCCUUCUUCACCCUCAACCUCUUCAUUGGUGUCAUCAUCGACAACUUCAACCAACAGAAACGAAGGAUAGGUGGUCAGGACAUCUUCAUGACAGAGGAGCAGAAGAAAUAUUACAACGCAAUGAAGAAACUAGGCUCCAAGGGAGAUGUGCUGUGACGUCAGGUCCGAUCAGGAUUAAAGCUCACCUUUAGCUUCUUCUUUUGUUCUCGUUAGAACUCCUUCCAGGCGUUCUUCUUCGACCUGGUAGGGAAGCAGGCAUUUGACAUCAUCAUCAUGAGUCUGAUCCUCCUCAACAUGAUCACCAUGAUGGUGGAGACGGACGAACAGUCGCGCUACAUGGAGACUGUCCUCAACAACGUUAACCUGGGUUUCAUCGUGGUCUUCACCUGCGAGUGCUUCCUCAAGAUCAUAGCGCUGCGGUGUUACUUCUUCACCGUGGGCUGGAACAUCUUCGAUUUCGUGGUGGUCAUCCUCUCCAUCGUGGGUAUCGUUCUUGCUGACAUCAUCGAGAAGUACUUUGUGUCACCAACUCUCUUCCGAGUGAUUCGAUUGGCCCGCAUCGGUCGUGUUCUGCGUCUCAUCCGAGGUGCUAAGGGAAUCAGGACAUUGUUAUUUGCCCUCAUGAUGUCACUUCCUGCUCUCUUCAACAUCGGGCUCCUUCUGUUCCUGGUCAUGUUCAUCUACGCUAUAUUCGGCAUGGCUAACUUCGCCUACGUGAAGCGGCAGUCAGGGAUAGACGACAUGUUCAACUUUGAGACGUUUGGAAACAGCAUGCUGUGCCUGUUUCAGAUCACCACCUCUGCUGGGUGGGACGGGCUGCUCAGCCCCAUACUUAAUAAUUCUCCUGAGGAGUGCGACUCCACCAUCCCCCACACUGGCACCUCCAUCAAAGGUGACUGUGGAAACCCCUCUGUGGGCAUCACUUUUUUUGUCACGUACAUCAUCAUUUCCUUUCUCAUCGUGGUCAACAUGUACAUCGCCAUUAUCCUGGAGAACUUCAGCGUGGCCACAGAGGAGAGCACAGAGCCGCUGACUGAAGACGAUUUUGAAAUGUUCUACGAAGUCUGGGAGAAGUUUGAUCCAGAAGCCACGCAGUUCAUAGAAUACUCCAAACUCUCCGACUUCGCCGACACUCUGUUGGAACCUCUGCGGAUCAAUAAACCAAACAAGAUUAAGCUGAUCUCCAUGGACCUCCCCAUGGUCAGCGGCGACAAGAUCCAUUGCCUAGAUAUUCUUUUUGCGUUCACGAAGCGGGUUUUGGGCGAGUCGGGCGAGAUGGAUGCACUGAAGCAGCAGAUGGAGGAGAAAUUCAUGAUGGCAAACCCUUCCAAGAUCUCCUACGAGCCCAUCACCACAACUCUGAGACGAAAGCAGGAGGAAGUCUCAGCCAUGGUGAUCCAGAGGUGCUACCGCAGACACUUGGUGAGACGGCAGCUGAAGGCCGCCUCCUACCUGUAUCGCCAGAUGGCAACACCAGGACUAGCGCGGUCGGGCGUUGAUGUAAAUGAUGUUGAAGAUUUAUUCGGUGACGACGCACCUGAAAAGGAAGGCCUGAUCGCCACGAUGAUGAAGGAGAACUACGGCACAGGUCUGUUAGGGCUGGAGCGCAACGAGGCGGUCUCCACCGCCUCGUCCCCGCCGUCCUACGACAGCGUGACACGGGCUACGCCAGACGUCUAUCAUCCCGUUAUUGUUAAGACAGAAACAGCAGUGGUUGACGGUGCCGACACCGAACCGAGCGAACAGACGCUUUCAGUGUUUAUGCCUGACACACAUCAGGAAGCAUCACCGCCACAAGCAAAAAAAUAACAACGAAAAUGAGGACUGUUUAGUUUUGGGUAAAACCUGUUCUUGUUUACUGAAUGUACCAUAGCUGAGGAACGCUGAAGAGGCACCGUGGAAGCUAUGAGUGAAAAAGGGCAAACAGAGGAUAAUCUAGUACCUUUAACCUUACUUUCUGUGUCCACUGGAGAUUCCUGGACUCUACAGUGGGACUCAAAGAAGGGACGUGGAAGAACUCCACAGUCCAAGAAGGAACCUGUCCCUUCUGCCUGUCCAGUCCAGUCUAAAAUGCCUUUUUUGUUGGGCUCAGAGUGUGGAGGCGCAGCACUUCUGGAUCAAAUUGACCUUUAGGAGGCGAGAUUUCAGAAACACUGAUUGACCUCUGACCUCAGCACCAAAGGUUCAGAACAACUAUAUCACAGAUGUAUCUGUCAUUUAAUAGCCUAAGGGGAGCUUGUGCCUUCCCACACGAUGAUCCGUAUGCUCCGAUUCGACCCGGCUUUUAGAGCGAUGGUAUUCCUGGUGGCGAUUCUCGGCAUGUUAGCUAACAGUUGAAUGAGACCACAGAGAGGAAGGGAAUUGAUAAAAGCAAUUUAAAUCAAACAGAAAUGUUUUCGUAGGAGAAGUAUAACUUUCUUGAUGUUACCAGGCUUUUAAUAGCAGUACGAUUAUUACUAUUUUUUAUAUUUUUAGAGUAAGUUGAAGGGUAUAAAAAUAAGCAGCCUCCCUCGAUUCUCAACUUUGAGUGGCACUGGCUAUAAAGAAGUGGCUAAAUAUCCACAUAGUAGUAGAUGAGAGGAGAGAGUGGAGUCAGGAUAACAAGCAAAAGAAAUACAAAGCAACUUUAUCUGUUUUUUUUUUGUUUUUUUUGCACUUUUCAGUUUCCACAUGCUGUCACUUUAAGACACUCA